AUGGAUGCUCAACAGCGCAAACAAGGAACUACAGAGGAUACUUUAUUGUCCUCUCAACUGCUUUCCGAUGAAGAUAUCUCUACUAAAGGUGAUGUUGUCUUCUCUGGUCUUGAUGAACCAGUUAAGUUUGUGGUAGUUAAUAAGGUGCCGACAACGAAAGAAAUCUUACGAAUAUUAUCCACCACUUGGCAAUUGAAACCACCAACUUUGGUCAUAAGCAUUCAUGGCUCCUACGCCAAUUUGAAGAAACGAUUCACCUUCACUAUGAAAAAGGGACUGUGGAAAACUAUGGAAAGUGUUGGUUGCUGGAUUAUUGGAGACGCAUUGGAUAGAGGACUGGCUAAAAUAGCCGGUGAAGCAGUUGCUGAGUAUGUUGAAGCCUAUGGAGGAGACACGAUGUUGGCCAUUGGUGUAACUCCUAUGCACAAUCUGAAGUUCAAACACAUCUUUAAUACCAAUGCACCUAUCAUCUACUAUCCAACUGAAGAUGACGAAACAGUUACUGAUCCUAAAAUGACUCUGGUACAAAAAUACUGUGCCAAGCACUUUCAUUUGGACAAAAAUUACAACAGUUUAGUGAUGGUUGCUCCUCAAAAGGAGAAAAAACAACAAGUUGACUUGGAGGAAGUUAGGCAGACUCAAAUGGCAACAAGAAAUGAGCAACUUAUUCAGACUCGAGUCGCUGUUGAAAGGAUGGUGAUUGGGUGGAAAACAGCGGCUCAAGAAAAAUUGCACAGCUCAGCUAUGGCCACUUCAGAAUCAACUCAUUGUACAGUUCCAACACUAUCAGAGACAACGGCACCAGGUCAACCGUCAAAACAGCCGAAAUUCAGAGCAACAAUUGAACCACCUUCACCACCAUCGGUAUCAUUGAAACCUUCAAAAUCAACACCAUCUCAACGGGAAUCAGGACAGGUGACUCCUCAAAUAGCGAAUUUACUCAAAACGCCUAUCGAAACACCCUCGACAGGGCAGAAAGAGGAAGGCCUAACCAAUUUCUUAUCUGAAGCUGGAAAACGUCUCUCCCAAAGAAUGAGCCGUCUUUCUACAAGUUCAAUAACCCAUACGCCUCCAUCCAAACCAGCAGAAUCUGAGUCUAUGAAAGCGGUUCUUGAGAAGGAACCAGUGGCUAUGCAAAUUCCCAUUUGUGGAAUCCUGGCUGGAGGUGAUAGAUGGAGUCUGCACCAAGUCUAUGCCUCAAUGACUAUCAACCAUUGUCCUUUUGUGAUUAUUAGGGGGAGCGGUGGUGCAGCCUCGAUUAUCAGCAACGUGGUUGAUUUCAGUUCUUUCAUGGCGAAUCUUGGUGAAGAAAUGUCCGAGGAUGAAGUCAACUAUAAGUGGAAUGAUGAGAGGAAGUUGAGUAGGGGAAUUCGAUUUGAAAUGACCACGUGGUCAACUAGAGUUCCUCCCAUAUAUUCCGUAUCAAUGAUCGCGAGUAUAUUGGACGAGCAGGAUGAGCAAGAUUUGGGGGCUUUCUAUUUACGCGAACGAAAAUCCCCUGAAAAGCCAAUAAUGAAUAGUGCUCGAUUCAGCAGUUCUGACGUCACGCCAGUAGCAUCAUCGCGACGUUCAUCCCAUGUCUCCUUCAUGUUGGCAAGUCCUAAAAUUCACCACCAACCACCUAAGGCUAGACUACUAAACUUAUCGGACUAUAUGGAUGAGAUUAUUAUUCUUCGCAAAAUGAUAGAGGAUCUCAACCACCUCGUCUCUGUCUUUGAUAUGGAUGAUAAUGACAUGGAUGGAUAUGUCAUUUCGGCUCUGCUCAGCAGCGCUGGAUUGGAAACGCCUCUUAACACCCUAAAUACCGAACAGCUGGAACGACACGGACUUGACAACUUCAUGUUCGAUGCCAUACUAAACGAUCAAGAGGCAUUUGUGAGCCUAUUCGUUGAAAAUGGUUUUGAUUUGGAGGCUUUCCUCACAGUGCAUACACUGGAGAAACUUUAUACAGCGAGCAUGCUGAAAAGGGAUACUAAGCUGGACACAAUCCGCCAAAUCUGGGAGACUUGUCGUAUCUAUAAAAUGGAAUGGGUUAUGCUACGAGAUGUUGGACGUAUUGUGAAACACCUUUUGGGAGAAUUUUAUCGUCCACAUUACUUAAGUAAGCACUUCCGAAAGAUGAUAAAAAAAGCGGUCGCUCAACAUGAGGCCGAGGAGAAAGAGAUACCGGUAACUGGAAAUCCCUGGACAUCGAAAAAGGGAUCCUACUUUGGCCCACUAAGUCCAAGAAGUAGUGAUACCCAAAAAUCAUCAGAAGGAGAAAAGACCCCAAGUCCACGGACUCCACGGCCAUCGACAACUAUAAUUGUCAACAGUUUAAGUCAUGAUUCAACUGCGCCAAAUCAAAUAGCUUCAUAUCCAAAUGGGAAACCUUCAGGCAUUAUCAUGAAUGGAAACGGGAGAUACCGAAAGCUGGGAGUUGUAAUCCCAUUAGGAAAUGAAAACAGUCAUGAUAGCGCCAAUGAUUCGAAUGGUAGAUCGAUACACAGAUUCCUGGGGAAUAAACCAGAGCAUUUGGUUGCAAAUGAGGGAGAUAUUUGGUCGCGUGCUCCUGUGGUAAUGGAAGAAGAUUUCGACGUGGAUACUAAAUUUAUCCAUAAACCCAGAGAUCUGUCAAGAAGACUGCCGUUAGAUGGUCAUGAUAAUGUUGCUUACCAGCGCUCAAAAUCAGAGAUGUCGUCACUCAAUGAAAAAGGCUCAACAUACACAACUGAUGGUUCAGAAUCCAAAGGGUCUGAUGAACAGGAUGAGAAUAGGUACAGUAACACCGAAAACAGGAAAGGUGAAAAGGUGGAUCAAGUAGGCGCAGAACAAUCAACAACUGAAGACCCUCUUUCCACAACUUCCAUGGAUGAUACGUUCUCAGUGAUGCGAAAAACGAGUUUCGCCGGUCGCCAUCGGGGUCAUCAUCGAUUGGCAACUGGGAAGCUCUCUGCAGCUGAGAGGUCACGUCUAAUUUCAGCAGAGGCAAGAAGACGUGAAGCUGCGAAAGCUGAAGAAAAGGAAAGAAAGCGUCGACAUCGUUUAGCACAGGACAAAAGAACUCUCUAUGAACGGAUUUGUGGCAUCAACGGUCAGCGAUUUGUGUCAGAAGGCAAUCUGAAUAGUGGCGUUGCAAUGGAUUGUCGUUGGGUUAAUCGAAAUAUUCAUCUGUGA